GGGGCUUCUGCCUAACGGCCACGGGGGCGGGGCGCAGCCGUGACGUCAGGGCGAGGGCGCCGGGCUGGCGGAUGAGAAGGCGGCUGGGUGGCCGUGCGGCGCCUCAGCCAGCGGGAGCCCCCGAGGCUCCAUGCCGGCUGCUGCCCGCUCCGGGCUAACGCCUGGCAGCGGCCCCGGCCCCUAUGAACCCGGCCCGGCCGCGCUCCGCUUCGCCUCAGAAAUUCAGCCCGAGCUUUGAGAACAGCACCAUUGAGAAACAGAGGCGAGAGCUCCAGGCUUUAAUCGCAGAACUGAAAGACCGUGAUGAGGAGCUGAACGCCAUGGUUGCCGUGCACCAGACGGAGCGUCUCGCCUGGGAAGAUGAUCGGCAGAAAAUACUGACUCUGGCAGAACGAUGCGCCUUAUUAAACAAUGAACUGAACAAGAGAAAUGACAUUAUAAAAUCACUAACCAAAAAGUUAAAGCUCUUAGAAUCUCAGCAGAGUGACAGUAAGACAAUAUGUGAAAUUACGCAACAGAAGUUUAAAGAGCUGUCUCAAAAACUAACAGACGUGACUCUUCACUGUCAGGGUCUGGAGGAGGAAAAUCAAAUUCUCCGCUGCUCAGUUUUGGAACUGUCUGCUAAAAAAGGCCAGCUGCAAGCUAGAGAACAGGAGCUUCUUAAAAAGCUUGAGCUGAAGGGAGAGGCUAUACUUGAAACAACUGAUUACAUUACUGAGUUUACAUCUAAAUUGAAGCUGGAGAGUGCACUGUGUGCAGCAAAGGCAGAAGAAUUCAGUCUCAACAAAGAAAAGCAGGACCUCAGACUGAGACUGAGAGAACUAAUACUUGAAACAGAUAAGCUGAAAGAUGACCUCUGUGAAAAGAUGAAAGAAAAUAAUAAGCAGCAGGAAGAAAUCAUUCACCUCAAACAAGAAAAUGCCUCCUUGAAGAAUGAGCUUGCACUUAAUGUUGAGAAAGCAAAGAGAAAGGAUCAACUUCUUCAGUUUGCCAAGUCUAAACAAGUACGGACUGACACAGAACUAUCAAGUUUGCGACAGCAGAUCUAUGUAAAACAGCAGCGUGACUUGCAGUUUCUUCAUGUCAGCUUGGAGAACUCUCAGGAAUUAAGGCAAAAGCAUGAAAAGGUGGCAUAUGAAAGGAGCAUAGGUACGGUAUUCCCUGCUCCUGAAAGUAACAGCCAAACAGAGUCAGUUAGGACUGACGGUACCCACAGGGUACACGAGGAUCAUGGAACUGCGCAAGUUCUGAAAAGCAGGGUAGAAAACACCUCUGAGAUGUGUGAAGUAGAUAAUAGACUGUUACUGGAUGCAUCAGGCUUGGAGAAAACUACAUCAGCACACUUAAAUCGGUGUCAAAAAGUUGUGAAAGGCUUGGCAAUGGAAGAAGAAGAAAAGCAGGAUGUUGCAUCAAGCUCUGAUGAGCUAGACAGCAAGCUAUUUUAUGAGGCUAACAACAUGAGGCUGUUGAGAAACAGGGAAAUCUCCGAGAAUGAAGUGGAAAGCAGAGACCAGCAAACUUUUGAGUCAUCGUCACCUGAAUACUGGCUUAACAUCACUUCUUGUGUAGAUUCGCAAAAUACCUUGAUCCAGAAAGCCACAUCUGACAAAGCUGAUAAUGAAAAUAAAACCUGGGAAGAGAGAACUGGAAUUCUGUUCGGCCAAAAAAGCAAAGAGACUUCUGUUGUGAUUCACGCAUCUGAAUCUGAUUCUUUUAGUAGUAACGUCAUCAUUAAAAAAGAUGCAAGGUGGAAGCCCAUAUCAGAUCCAGAAUGGCUGAAGAUUUUCAAACCUAUAAAAGAAAACGGAAGUAAAUUGCAGAGAAAAGAUUGCAACUGUCUCAAGACUGCAGAAGAGAUGAAAUAUGCCAGUUCAAAAAGUGAAGAAAAUGUGGAUCUGAAUUCUUUUCACUUGGAUUCUCCCCGUUGUUUGACUUCCACCCAGAAAGGAGACAGACCUCAAAGAUGUGAGAAGUUCUCUGAUGCAAACUCCCCUCUGGACAUCGGUAACCUUUCAGUGAUUGAGCCAAAAAAUAGAUGCUGCAAUCCUGCCAUCAACAAAGAUGCCCGUUACCCCACAAGUAAGCUGCAGCGUGCCUUGGCUGAGUCUCAACAGAUGGUUGCUGAUCUGGAGCUUAGCACUCUCCUCCACGAGCCCUCGCUGCAGUCCAAACAGCAGCAGCAUUAAUACGGUAUUUAUUGCUCUUCUGUGACUAGAUUUAGGUGGCUGGGAAGAGUCACUGUGAACACUGUGCUUGACCUGUGUGACAGCAUUAUAAGCAAUAUCCUCCUCGUGCUUUGCAGUAGAGAAAACGCCUGCAUGCCUUCAUAUGAAAUGCUUGGAAUUUUUUAUAGGAUUCUUUAUGGCUCCUCAAGGUCGUGACAGGAUUUGACUUUUGCAUGUGUCUAAGCAGAUGGAAGGAAGAAGGCAUUUUGGAGCAAGCUGUAGAUCUAGAAAAAAGCAAGCACAAGUAUGACUUGCACUCAGAACUGGUUUAUUAUGCUGGCUAUACUUGUGGAAAGGAGGACAGUACAGGAAAUGGUGAUAUAUAGAAUAGUUUUGUGUCUGAAUUUAAGCCUGACUCUCAGUGUAAAUAACCUUUGAAUUUUUGUGGGUUAAUAGUUUUAGUUCUUUCAUUCCAGGGUCAGAGAGCAUACUGAAGGGGCAAAGAGCCCGUAUAAUAGCUGUCACAGCAAUGCAUUUUAUGAACAUGAACUCUGAUAGGAAGUUUCUGUCCUGAGUAUGUGAGCUACAGGAGUAAUUGGAGAAGGGGGCACGUGUUUGUUUUCAUAAAUAGCCUUAAGAAUUUCUGCUUCAGUUGACAAGAUUUGUAACAAAGGAGAUUGUAUCCCUUGUCACUAGGACUGAGUAAACUUGUGUUGAUAUGUAUCACAAAGGGAGAAUUUGGGCUCCUAAUGACAAAGCUGCAUGCUGAAACUUCAUCUGUGCUUUCCUCUGAAGUAUUACCUCUCCCUAAAAAUGUUGCACUCCGUAAGGCCUUAGAUGAACUUGACCAGAACAAUGUUCCUGUAAGUACCAGACAAACAAAAGUAAUUCUGAUAACAUUCAGAACCAAAAAACCUUAGUUGUGCUGGGACCGACUGACAGAGGAUAAAGGUUGUGUGCCAGCAUUUGCAUAAACUGAAAGGAUAUUUUGUUCAGAAGUUCAUCUGCAGGAUUUCAUUCAGCCUGAAAGACGGCAACAGUGUAGUCCUUUGCAAAGACUGUCUUGUGGGAUGGAUUCCUGAAAAGCCCUCUGCAAAACAGUAGUUGCUUGUGGCUCUUGCCCAGCCCCAUCAGAUGUCUGGCUCCUGCUCUGAUUGGCAUGCCACAGCUCGGUUCAGCCGUCCUUUAGGCGAGAGCACGACUCUGCUUUACAACCUGACACUGCGUUUUUGAGCUUGGGAAUUGGCUUCUCCUUUGGAAUGGCUGUUGCUUCGGCGGGUAGAAAAUAAAGCACGCUCAUAUUUGCUGGCAAGGGUAGCUUCUGCACCACAUCUGUAGAACUUUGAUCUACUUUCAGAGCAGUUCUGGGCAAAAACUUGUCAAGCGUGUUCUGGUUAAUCUAUGCAGGCUAACUAAUCUGUGCUUAAAACCAGGUCUACCUGAGGCUGUUUUAAACUGCUCUUUAAAACAUGAUACAUGUAAAAAAUAACCCUUAAAAUUUAAUCAACGAGAAUUUGUGUCUGAUGAAUUCUGUGCCCUUUUUGGGGGAGGGGGGAGAAGAGGAGGGAAAUAAAAAGUGUACCAUUGCUGCCUGCCAGUUUGAAUCUGGGACCUCUGUAAUUCUUAUUGUCUGAGUUCCUUGAUUUCCGUGUAGUGUUUUUGCAUUACAAUAUAGACAACAGAACUUGCAGAGACUCUUCACAGGACGCAGUUAUCUGGUGCAGAAGAAAGAGGUGCUAAGCUUCCGUUCUUUUCUCUAUGAUAUUUUUGGAUGAAGACAUUUCCAUUAUAGAAUUAUUUUUGAGAACUGAAGAUCACCAACCUGUCAGCUACAAUGGAAAGUUACCUAACUUUUUUUUCCAUAGUCCUAUGAGUGUUUGAAAGACUCACAAGUGGCAAAAGAUGUGACUCUGCUGGAAUACAUUUCAACUUGAAAUAAAACAUGAGAAUUAUGCCAAGGUAAACAAAACUAUUUUUUAUAGCUGUGAGGUCAGGUUAAAUACUGGCUUGUUUUUUUAAGAAUCUUCAAUGUGUAAUUGUUACCACACAGCAACUAUUUUUCUUACCUUUUUUAUGGUGGUUCAGAAAUAAUUUUAGAGUAUGACACAGCCAAGCAUUCAUUUUUGUUAGUUUAUUGUUUUUGUUCUGAACUUCUGGCCAUGUAGAGAUGAAUAAUGUUUAUAGGAAGUUCCCAAUUAGUGUUGUAACCAGGAAAUGCCUCCUACAUUGUUGAAAUUGGACAGCUGUCACCCACAAGGUGGGCAAAACAACUCUUCCUCAGUCAGCAGCUAUUUAUUCUAACAAAAGCUUACAGCAAGAUCAGGUAUUUGUGUGGACUGCUUUAGCACUGUAUGGCAACGGCUAACCAUAAUGUGACUGGCUUUUUAGCAUUUAAACUCUUUUUAUCUUUGACGACUGAGCAAGACAUUUAAUUUUCAGUUUGAACUUUUUUUAAUGAAAAGGUCAAAUAAGCUAAUAAAACAGAUUCUUUUCUUACAUCCUUCUUGCAUAUUUC